AUGCAUCGGUUUGACAGUUUGCGUUUUAAGGCAAGCUCCUUUCCGAAGUUAUCCAGCAAAGGUAGUGAAGUCGUUCAAGCUCGUGGGCAGAUCGGCGAUCCAACGGAUCUUCGAGCUCGAAGGCUUCAGGUUGCGCAAGCUGAAAAGCCACGGACCGGGUGGAUGCGACCCAGCGCAGCUGGCACAGCAGUUCAUGAAGGAGCUGCCAACGACAUCCGGCGAAGAAGAUGUGACGUCCGAGACUUAUAUCAAAAACGCCUUCAAAGUCUUGGAGAAUGUCUUGGCCGUGGAUGA